AUGGGGCAGAAGAAUACUUUGCUAAGAGCCCACCAACAGUCAAUUCUGGCUGCCUCUGCGUUAAAACCUAAUCGUGAUGCCCGGGUCCGGGGCCCUUCGGCCUCAUCUGAAAAGGGAACGGCUGCCAGCCUGCUGGGACUCCUUUCUGGAGUGCCUCUGGCCCACCAAGGUGCUUUUGGGAGCGGAGAUGGGGUGUUGAUCCAAGGCCGACCUCGGGCUCGGAGUGCAGGGAACGCCAGAAAGAAAGAUUUCUCCGUCAAAGGCAAGAAGGGCAAUGUGCCUUCGGAGGCUGAAGACCUCACCCCGCCACCUCCACGGAAGCCUUCCUUCCCGUUCCAGUGGGCCUGGGAGAGCUUCUUGGUGGAUGGCCGGGGCCUGCCCCUGCCUUUCCCCAACGCUUCCCCUGACAUCCUGCUGCCCAGGAGGGCCCAGGCCUCAGCCCUGCCACCUGCCAGGGCCCCCCGGAAGUCCCGAUGGAAGGCUGUGACUCCACCUACCCAGCCAGCCAACUUGCCACUCUACUGGAAAAUGGAGGCCCGAAGUCAGGACAUAAAAAGGCUGCUGAAAACCGGGGUUCAACCUGAGCCAGAUGGCCAAGAGAGCCAGGACAGCCAGGAUUAUCAGGAUGAACAGGAACAAGAAGGGCAAGACCAAGAUGGCGGGGAGGAGGAGGAGCCUGAGGGCAGAAGGGACCUCAGCCUCUGGCCCUCUUCUCUGUCUCCUGAAAACAGGAGCAAAGAAGAGGAGAGAGACCAGCUGAGGAAGUGGAAGGCCCUCCAUCUGGCUGGUGUCGCCCUGCUUAGAAGAUUUCGGAAGAAGCAGGCAAAGUCGAAGGAGGAAGAGAUCUUGGACGUGGAGAUCCUGCGGAAACAUCUGCAGGAACAGGGGCCCUACUACUCCCAGUGGCCGAUCCAGGAUACCACACACCCUCGAGGCCACAAGUUCCAGGCCUGGGAAGAUGUUAAGCCCUUCCUGCUGACCAGUGGUACCACCAGAACCUUUGAAAAGCGACGAGAGGCCACUAGGACCUUGAUGCUGGAGUGGGAGCGCCGCAAGCUGGAGGAGCAAGCCAGGGAAGAAAAGCGCCGAGCUCAGGAGCAUCGGGUCCAGAAGCAGGUGGCUCGGUGCCUGGCAGCCUAUGGGCCUUCCAGGUCCAGGGGGUCUGGGGCACCCCAUCGCAAGCUUGAUGAGCUCAGGCAGCAGGAGAAGCAGCGGUUGGCAGAGUACCAGGCUGAGCUUCAGGGCAUCCAUCACCGGGUGCAGAGCCGCCCAUUCCUCUUCCAGCAGGCCAUGCAAGAAGGGAGGGUCCAGGGACUGGAUAAGGGAAUGGAAGAAGUCACCCUUUAGGAGGCAAAUGCAAAGGCUAAUGCCCGGCUCUCAGUGAAUAGACGCUUUUCCCAGAUGCUGUCGGCCCUAGGUUUGGAUGAGGAGCAGGUAUUGGCUGAAGCACUGAAGGAUGAGAUGGAGGAAAUCCCCUCAAAAUACAGGUCCUCAAAGACCAGGAAGCUGGCCAGGAGCCAACUGAAGCAGCUUUUGUGGGGCACGGAGUGAACAGGGCCGGAAGCUGCCCGAAGUCAGCGAGCCAAGUAGAGAACAUUACCCGGGACCCAGGGUUGAAUGGGAAAGGAGGA